CCAUACAUACUUCUGUUCAGACGCACAUUUCGAGAAUUCGGAACAGCCAGGUUCGCGACAAGGAAAUAGUUGUUUGUGACCUCCACUUCGACUGCUGUGAUGUGACAAAACAGAUAUUUGAUCCGAUGUUCUGCGCAGCAUAACUUGCGAUCCAGUGGGUGAACGAUCGACAUUCAGAUUCUUUGUUUGGUCGAGAAGUCCUGCUGGAAGCUCUUGUUGGACACGGCCGGGCUCGUUACUCAGGACUGACAGUGUUUGAUGCGUGUAAUAACCAGAGUCAGAUGCUGGGACGUUGCUACCAACGUCUGAGCAAGGACCUCGAUGAUGUUUUCCAUAGUUGACCUGGGUAUGCAAGAAGUUGUUUUGGGCCGUGCCUUCUUGGGGAUUUCUCAUACCCCCGAAUGCAUUCCAAGGCCCUUCAUUCUGGUGGUAGAACAGUGCAAUUGGAUUCAAUAUUGGCUCAGGAUUAGGCUGAUUUGCGGGCGACUGUCGAGUAUCAAGAUGCGGAAGGCUUUGACGAGCACUCUGCAACCUUGUGUCAAGAUUGCUGUUAUGCGAAACGGCCUUCCUUUGUCUGAGGGGAUUCCUCUCUUGCACCACAUGCCUUGGCAGUGCAGUCCAGUGUGUUUGUACGGUAUUGUUCGGGCUGGGUGCAGGAGGUACGACCGUGGGAGGGCCCGAAGACAGCCAAUGUCGGGGAUAGAACUCGUGAUCGAACUGAUAUUGUUGGUGUUGAUAAAUCUACAUGGGUCAUUUUUUGGCCAGACACCUAUUGGGUAGUGUACCUACAGAUCCAUCAACGCUAUUGAAGUCGAAUAUCGGAUUGGAUCCAUUGUAUUGGGGCAUGUUUGCUUCCGCAAG